AGUGACGUCAAACAGGAACCAGUGGCAGGGAGCUUGACAAAUCAAGAUGGCGACCUACGCUGAAGCAGGAAAGAGGUUUCAGUAUAAAUAAAACUCACACGGAGAACAGUUUAAAUUGGAGUGCCACCGCGAAAAGACGUCGUUUGAAUUUUGAAAGGACAAGACGGAGCCGACACUGUGACUCUAAAUGGCUGCGAGGAAGUCUGGAACAGAUGCAUACAACAAUGGACCCAUCAGCUACCUUGAUGAUGUUCCUUUCAAAAUAAAUGAUAAAUUCCGCUGUCCAGCCAAAGUGGGGCUGCCUGUUGGUUUCUGUCUGCCAGAAUGUGGCUCUUUACUUUUGGACACACAGUAUGACUUCACUCUGGAGAGACGCAGUGUGCGCUGGGGGCUAGAACUAGCUGAGGCCAGAGCAGCAGAGGCCAGAGCAGAAGAGGCAGCAGCCCAGCAGGAGGCAGAGAGCAGGGAGUGUUUGAGCCAGGCCCAGGACACUGAUGGCAGUGGAGAGAGAAAACACCUUUCUGCUGCUGAGGACCAGGACCUUCCACCACCAGCAUUGAACCCUGUUUUGGCAGGGCUGAGCCAUAAUGCCAUUCUCACGCCACUGCCAGCCCCAAGCCUUGGCCCCAGGAAUACCCAGCCUAGCACUCCUCAGCCCCACAGUCUCAAUCUAGCUGAUUUUGAGCGGGAAGAAGACCCCUUUGACAAGCUGGAGCUCAAAACUUUAGAUGACAAAGAAGAGCUAAGGAGCAUCCUUCAGAGCCAGCCCCAACCGCAGCCUCAACCUCAGCCUCCUCCUUCUGUGUCCCCACCAGAGGUCUCUCAGCCAGGGUCAGCCUCACGAGGAAACAGUCCAUCUCCACCCAGCACCAACACCAGCCUCUCGGCCAAACCAGGCUUUACCCACAAACCCAAUGGGUUGGUUAACUUGCUGGACAUGGACAGAGUUGGGCAUCAUGGAAGAGCAGGGUUUGAUACGGACGAUCGACCCUGCAAUAUUCGCUCUCUGACUUUUCCCAAGCUCUCUGAUUCUGGUGACCCAGAACCAGUUAGGUACAGUCCACUCCCUGCACCCAUUCCUGCUCCCCGACAAAGUCUGCCUAAUGGCAGCCCACCAACCCUACCCAGGACUCAAGUUAUUGUUACACCUGAGCCACCCUGCCACACCAAGAGUGGCACACCAAAGCCAGCCAACCCAGGAUCAGGUUCUGCUGGUCUGCCGUGUGGUGGAGCCCUUCUCAGCAUGAAUCCCGGUGAACGUCAGUGUGUGGAAACGCUUGUGGGCAUGGGCUACUCCUAUGAAGGUGUCCUACGGGCCAUGCAAAGACAAGGGCAGAACGUGGAGCAGGUACUGGACUAUCUGUUUGUCCAUGAUCGUCUGUGUGAGCGGGGCUUUGAUGCAAGUGCAGUGGAAGAAUGUUUAGAGAUGUACCAGUGCUCAGAAGAAAAGGCCUUGCAGUUUCUUGAGCUAAUGUCAAGAUUUGGUGAAAUGGGAUUUGAGCGUGAUGCCAUCAAAGAGGUGCUGCUAGUCCACAACAAUGAUCAGGACAAGGCGCUGGAGGACCUAAUGGCUCGUGCCACAGCUAGCUGAGCCAAGCCAGCCAGCUCACCAAAGCUCUACCCAGGGCAUGCCUCUCGCUACCACCCAACAGUCCCUUUCCUUCUGCCUGCCCUAUCACACCAUGCCCUGCCCUUCCCUUGGCUAUGGAAGGAACAGCUGGAAGACUGUUGUAUUUCUCUCUGUGCUAAAACGUAUUGUGUCUCAGCACUUCUUAAAGACUGUGUGCCUAGAGUGGAGGAGGUUAAACUGUAACCAUUCUUCAUGGUGGUGUAUUUGGUACAGUUCAGUUAUUCAACAACAGGAGGAAUGACUAAGCUGGGAAUGGGAAAAAGAAAGAAUUGGGCUGUGGCAUUUUGAUGCCAUUCUGAUUUGCUUCCACUUGGAAGUCUUUAUCUGACUGCAGGCAAAACUGCAGAACUGAAUAAGGGGGAGCUAGUGAUGGGCUCUUAGUGUACCACCGAAAGACCAGUGUGAACCUUGGAAACUCCCAAACAACUAAGCUGCCAUCUUCCACUGCUCACUGCAGAUCUAGUAAAUGGUGGUGGGGACAGGGGGCCUUGAGGAGGCUCCUUACACUGAAACAACUGAUGUUAAAAAUUUGAAAAAAAAAAAAGAAAGAAAACAAGACAGAGAGGAAAAAAGGCACAGUCACCUGACAGAGAACUGAUUCUCAAGAAGUGCCCUCUGUGCUGUGGUGCCCUGCACCUAUUUUUGUUUUGCUUUAUGCUUUCAUUCACUCAUGUCUGUUUUUCUGUUCAUUUUGGGCACUUUUUCAUGUCAGUUUAAAGAUUCCAUUUCUUUGCUUUCUGUUUUAGGAAUUGCAUUAUAGAUCAUUAGUCAUUAUAACUCAGAACACAAGAGUACUACUGCCCCAGUAUGCUCUUUACCUGCACUGGAAUAGCCUGUUAAAGGAAUGGGAAGACAUGGGGAAAGUUCCUGUGUAGGAAAUUUAGAAAUCUCCCAUGACCCACUGGCACUGAUGUGUCACAUACUUCACAGGCACACGUUUCAUAGUUAUCAGCUUAUUUAAAAUACUACACUGACACUUUGAUUUAAAAAUAAAUAGUUUGAUAUGGUAAUGUAAGAUAUGUUAACUUACAAACGUGACACUUUAACGGUCAUGAACUUUUGUUUGCAGACUGGAAAAGAGUGAGUGGUUUAAAAAUACGAGAAACAAAUUGUAAAUGGAGGGUUGUUUUGCAGCCACAUCCCAGUGCAAUAGAGAUUCAUAUUGUGUGACUGUUGACUGGCACUUUGAGCCUCAAUUAUUUCUUGGGAGAUAAGUAAUGGCCUUUAGGCCUUGCUGGAAAAUUGGAUGAAACUAGAAAAGGUUUGAUUUCAGUGAUUUCUAUCAUUCAUUCUCUGUUAUUGGAUUUCAUUUGACCAAAUUGAAUCAAACAAGACUUUGGUUUAUUGACUUGUCCACUGUUUUUCCUCAUGCGAAAUAUGAAAUGAGUGUUCUUGAUUUUGUUGGGUUUGCAUCUCCACAGUCCCAAAUGGAAAUUUUAAAAUAAUCAAAAAUACUUUUCCAGACGUUAAUUGCAGUUUUAAAAAAGAAAAUCAUUGUUUUUAUCAGUAUGUGAUGGACCUCCCGGGUUAUAUGUUUAAAAAGCAUGCAGCUGCACCACGCGCAAAGAUAGCAAAGAUUUUCAUAAUCUUGAGCUCUGUGGUUUUGAUGGGGAUUGUGAGAGGCAUGGCAACAGAUUAAGGGCUUAAAGUUUGCAAAAUGUGACUCAUAAAACUGGCACUUUGCUUGGGACAGGUCCAAUUUUCUGUCCUCUGAUCAAGUGCAAGUAGAACAUUUCUAACCACUACGCUCUGCUUGAGAACAAACCAGUUAGUGUGUUUUAUUGCCAAUACAGAUCUCAUUUUACUUGUUUGAUAGAAACCAUUAGUAGUGACAAAAUGUCUGCAGAAUAUAGAGAACCAUUCAAGCCACAAGGAUGGGCUCACGUUGAAUUAAUUUUCCAAACUGGAAACAUCCUAAAUCUAUCCUGGAAUCAAAUUUUUUUUUGGUGUUUGCAUCCCUAAUGGACGGGAAUAAUCUGUCAUGAGCAAUAUUAGACCUAGUUUCUUUAGCCAGUGUUUUAAGUCUGAUAUGUGGUUGACAUGAAGUGAGUGUUUUCACUUUUUUUAAAUGCCUUUUUAUUUACCACGAUUAAGAAGACAGGUGUACAUACCUAACAGACAAACACAUAAGUGGUAUUAUUGUCUCCAUACUUGAUUCAAGUGUGGUGUUGGUAAUCACCAGUUGAGCAAGUUGAUGUUCACUUGCUUCUCUGACACUCCCACAAGUUGGGCGUAUUACAGUGUAGAUGGGUCUGGACCUCCUCCAUUUGAUGCCUCCUACUGUUUCUGUCCUGAUUUUCAAGUUGUGCAGGGAUGAAGUGCAACUACAUUCUCAUUUUGGGGAUCACAUUAAAGGGUUUGUAUAUCAGAUUCACAUCUAAGUCACCACAUAAUGAAUCUUAUGAGCAUUGAAAUAUUUUAUUAGUAUAAUAAAAAAAAUGGUUGAGCUAAGUGUUCUUUCCCAAGCUCCUCAAAUGUGAUUUAUUAAAAUGUUUAAUUUCCCCUUGAAUUAUUUGAAAAAUACUCAAUUAAAUGUGCACAUCUUUUUAGUCAGA